AUGGCGCGCCAUUCCACACCGCCCGAGUCGCCUCUUUCCUCUAUGGAUAACACGGACGCUUCCGACAACGAAGCUCACGAUUAUGAGGAUGAAUCUCUCCUCCGACCUUCGAAGCGACAGAGACUAGGAGCAACCUCAACGACAUCCCCUGCGCCUGCACCAGUCCAGGAGCCCGAGCCCGAGCAUGAGCCCGAAGCCGAGGCCGACCCUCUCGAGGGCCUGUCGGACGUCUCUUCGGAUACAUCUGGUGACAUUCCCAGCUCGCCCAUCAAUGCUAGACUCGACGAAGAGGACUUUCAAGAGCAGGUCACUUUCUGUGCAUGGGAAGGCUGCGACGCGGGUGACCUCGGCAACAUGGAUAAGUUGGUUGAGCAUAUCCACAACGACCAUAUUGAGAGUCGUCAGAAGAAGUAUACCUGCGAAUGGAAUGGAUGCAACAGAAAGAGCAUGGCCCACGCAAGUGGCUACGCGUUGAAGGCGCACAUGCGCUCCCACACCAGGGAGAAGCCCUUCUACUGCUACCUCCCAGAAUGCGAUCGCUCGUUCACUAGAUCCGAUGCCCUGGCGAAGCACAUGCGAACCGUCCACGAGACAGAAGCUCUUCGUCCCUCCGACCCUGUACCCAAGUCGAUGCAGGCAGGUCCCACAGGCAAGGGCAAGCUCAAGAUUAUUCUCAAGACUCCCCAAUCACAUGCCGCUGGCCAGGAUGAUGCCAUUGAUGACGGCGCAGACGAUGAUGAGCUUUCGGCCGAUCUGUUCACACCAAUGACCGAGGAACUCGGUUUCACGAAGCAGGAGCUGGACAUGCCUCUCGAAAGGCUCUACACACUUUGCAGACAUCAAGUCAAGUGGGCGCAAGAAGAAACCGCGAAUCUUGCAGAAGAGGUCAAGUACUGGGAAGAGCAGUACAAGGACCAGUGGAGAGAGAAAGAGGUCCUGCUGUCCCAAGUUGUUCAGAGCGAGGUCGACUGGCACAAGCGCAAAGCGGCGGUACUUUCCGGGGCCGCGGAUGUACAGCUUUCAGGAGUCAUCGAGAGCCAGGAGACAGCUGCUACAAACGGCGAUGGCGCGGAAUCUCGUAAAGCAUCACCGGCCGAAGAGACGAUGGCGAACGGAACCAAGUCCGAAGUCGCAGCAACCAGUUAG